AUGAAGCAAGCUGCAAUUUUCGGCUCUGUCCUCGGCUUCGCUGCCUUGGUCGCCGCCGGACCCAUCCUCCGUUCUGGUGCAAUCAACGCACUCCAGUCAUCCGAGAAAGGCCUGAACAAGGAAAACAACUUCGAUGAUCUCCUCGAGGAUUUCGUCGCAACCCUCAACUACCCUGCCGACAUGAUGAAGGGAUCUGUUGGUCUCGAAGACAACUUUUCCAGGGGCGAGUUCCUUGAAGCCGUUACGUUGAAGAACGGAGAUGCUUUCGAAGCAUACAUCGACCACAUGGACGAUGACGCCGUCCGCAAGGCUCUGGUGAGCGCUGAAAUGUACACUGAUUUCUACAACGGACCCAAGGGAGCAUUCGACAACAAGAACGAUUCAGGCAUCGCCAAGAGAGACUUCUCAGACUGGUGCCACAACAAGUGCAAGUUCAAGGCUGCGUUCCAUUCCAAUUCGGACAAGUACUACUGCGGAUGCUUUGACGACUGCACCUUUGUUACUGAUUUGACUCCCGACUACUGCAAGCAAUACAGUUCUGAGACUUCUAUUGAAAAGUCCGGUGACAACGAAGCUUACUCUACCAUCGAAGCCCGCGAUACUGUCAAUGUCGUCGAUAUCGACAAUGAUAGCGACCUUGACGCCUCUCUCAACGACGACUUCGAACUCGACACUGGCCUUAUCAAGAGAAGCGGACUUUCGUGCCACUUCAAGUGCAAGUCGAAGGCAGCCUGGCAUCACGAUAUGGAGGCCUACUACUGCAAGUGCAUCACCAAGUGUGAAAAGGAUGUCAGCCUUAUUCCGGAUUGUUGCAAAGCUGCCGAGUCAUGCGAUGAUGAGGAGAGCAUGGCCUUGUUCAAGAGAUCUAUCGACACCACACCCGUCCCUGCCAUCGAAGCCGUCGAUACUGUCACCCCUGUCGCUAGUAUGGAUAUCAACGAACUCAAUGAUAUCGACAAUGACAGCGACCUUGACGCCUCUCUCAACGACGACUUCGAACUCGACACCGGCCUUAUCAAGAGAAGCGGACUUUCGUGCCAUUUCAAGUGCAAGACAAAGGCAGCAUGGCAUCGCGAUAUGGAGGCCUACUACUGCAAGUGCAUCAACAAGUGCGAAAAGAAUAAAGACUUGAUUCCGGACUGCUGCAAGGAGAAUACUGAAUCAUGCAACGAUGAUGAGUCUGCGAUUUCGUCCGACAGUUCAAGAGAUCCAUCGAUUCUGCUGCCGACACCACCAAUGCCUCCGAUACCUUCAACGCUGCCGACGCCAUUGCCAACAUCGAAAUCUCCCGUACCUUCAACGCCACCGAUGCCAUUGCCAAAAUCGACAUCUCCCGCCGACACCAAUGCGUCUUCAGGUAGUUUCCAGAAGUGCAACUUCAAGUGCAACUUCAAGGUGUUCUUCAAGAGCAACUAUACCCGUGACGAGUGUAUGAGCAACUGCCUUGGCUUUGCUUACACCACACCCACACCUCCACCCGGAUCCUCGGGAAAAAGUGUCCGGAGGUGCGACUUCAAGUGCGAUUUCAAAGUCUUCUUCAAGAGCAACUAUAGCUACGACACGUGUAUGAGCGACUGCCUUGGCUAUGCUUUCACCACACCUCAAGCACCAAAGGUUACCGCCGAUGAUACUGUUGUCACAGACGAAGCCAACGACAACUUCCUCGAAAAACUUUAUGGAGGCGGCAAAGACAAAGACCUCACCAGAAGAUCAAGUGCAGGAAAGUCCUUGUAUAGAUCUGCUAACCCUUGCGACAGUGCAAGUGCAGUUCAGAAGUGCAGAACCAAGGCUGCCUGGCACUGGCACUCCAAGAAGCAUUACGAUGAUUGCAUGCACGAGUGCAACAUGAAGCACAGUCAAGGAGCUUAGAUCACAUCUGAUGGUCAAGAGACUGGGGAAUUACGAUAACGAGAAGAGUCGAUGCACAAAUAUUGGAAGGAACACAAAAGGAAGGUAUUGAAGAAAGGGAUAACUUGGGAUGGAGCGAUGUUGGAAGAAUGUUGAGUUUACUACGGUGAUUGGAUUUAUAGAUUGCGUUGAUUUGAUUGCGAAGGGAGAGGAUUAUAGAUACACCUGAAAAUCGGAG